ACGAAGCAAUUUUGUAUUGUACCAACUAACAACCCCUUCCCUCCACUUACAAAAUUAUGGUUUCACCCAUUCAAUUCAUCAAUCCAGUUCAUUUCUUUCUCUUCUUUCCUUUUCCUUGCUUCCUAGUUUGCUCUCACUUUAGACACAGAAGGGGGAAAGGCCAAAUCCAAUGGAUUUUUGAAAGUUUAACAGCUCUCUCUCUCAAUUUUUGGAACAAGUUCGACGGAUAGAGAGAGAGAGAGAGUGGUUUCGCAAUUUCACGACGAUUUCUUCUUUGUUGGUUAUUGGGAAACAAACAAAUCAACGAGCUCCGGUUUUAAAGGAAAUAAAAGUAUAUCGAGAUUAUAGAAGAUUUGGGUGAAACACACACACACACACAGAAAAGAAAAAGAAUGGUUGCUGAAAUCGCUGAAGAGGAGCAAUUUUAUUCCAUCGAAGAAUCGAUUGAGGUUGGACAGUUUUUUGAUAUCGAGUACGAGUUUGAUGCACCGCAAUGCUAUGAUUUCAGUUGCCCAGAAACUGACUGGGAGGUUAAAGAAGCCGAACUCUGGUUUGAAUCAGCUGGAAGCUAUCCGUCUUCGCCUUUGGUAAUAAAGUUGAAAUGGAGAUGUGAAUGUGAUAUAAAUGAGGAUGGAGAAUAUGACAAUUGCUCAACAGAAUGUGAUGAAUAUAAUGGAGAAGCAUGUGAUCCGUGCCACGAAGGUAAUCUGGGGGCCAAAAUUGAUUCUCUGGUCAAGGCAUCUCUAUCUAGGAGUUCAACGUUGAUGAAACCUACAGCAAGUUACUUGGCGAAGCAAAAUCAAUCUCGAAUGGUUCUUUCCAAUCAAUUUCAGAAAAGCUUACAAAAGCCUGCUGACAGAUUCAAUAAGAGUCCUUCCUGCAAUGAAGAUGAUGCUACCAAAAGACAAAAGCUGGAAGAAGGUUACUUAUGCAAGGCUGCACAUUUGAAGCAUCAAUCUAAGUUUGUGCACAAGAAACUGAAAACAGUCCAAUCUCUUGAUAAUAUUCAUAUUAAACCUAAAGUCACAACCAAGAGAACCAGAGCUACAAACAGCAAGAAGGGCUCAGAGACAUAGGUCUAAAGAUAAGGCAGAGUCAGAUGGAAAUGCAAAAUCAAAUGUUCAUUUGUUUAAAGCACUCCCCUUAAACA